AUGGAAACAGAAGAUCUAAAGUCCGAUGUUCACAUCAUGAUGGUGAAAAUCCAUGUCGGCUUUGCCUCCGGGCGGGUCGUUCACGUGAUCAAUGCGGCAGCAGCGAGCCAUGUUGCUUCACCCGAAGUCCCUGAUGUUCCAGCCGUAACAGCUACGACAAACGCUGCCCCACAGGCCAGCUCUGCCCGUUCCCAUUCAUACUCCUACACCAACGAGCCUGUUUUUUGCGACGUACCGGAUCACAUUGUGACCGAAGCAGUCGAGAUCUUUGCGCGCAAAUUUCCUGAAUUCAGCUUUAUACACAUUGCCGAUUUCCUGGAUCAGCUCCGAACCUCGCAGAGGCGAUCACUUGUCAUCAAGCUGGCCGCUAUCUUCGCAUUGUGUGCCAGAUUCAUACCCUCAAUAUCGAGCGAAUACAACAAUUGGAACGCGACCAGCCAGGAUUUUGCCACCUUCGUCCAGCAGAAUCUAUGGCCGCAAAUCGUGCAAGAGCCGGAGAUUGAAAUGGUCCACUGUCUCCUUUUGAUUGCGCAAUAUGAAUGGGGCGAAGGAAACAGCUUCUCUGCGUGGAUGUAUACUGGCAAGCACCCCUGA